UGCGUCUCAAUAUCGAUAAUGGAUCUGCAGCUGUCUGGAGAGCAACAAUAACAAGAGAAGCUCCGCGAUAAAACGAGUUAUUGUCUCGUCUCUGACACCUUUGCCAGCCCCAACUUGACAUCAUUCUGUCACCAACGCCCUUGGCGAAUUAACUCUGGCCUCCGCUUCCUCCGACUCGGAAACCGGCGGAGCGUCGCCGCCACCGCGGAAGAAAUACCGAGCUUCGGUGGUGGAGGGAGCAGGGGAGCUUGGGGCUGCAAUUGGGUCAGCGGCCCUGUCUACAGUUGUGGGGAUUUUAACUUUUCCCAAUUCACCCGUUGCUCCUGUCAUUCGAUUAAAUCCGCACAGUGUAGCCCACAUCUACAUUAAUAACAUGCAGGCCAACGGGGCAGGACAGGGUCAAGAUUCGGAGCUGUCCUGCCUAAACAACAGUACGCAAAACGGAGAGUCGUCCUCCGCCGGGGGAGCUCACACUAACGUUAAUGGACUAUCCACAACAAACAAUGGGAACUCUGUCAGUAACAACAUCGGUAUCCCAGCCCCAGCAGCAUCCAACAACACCGUGUCUUCGGAUGCAAACUCCGUGAAAAAGAAGAAACGUCUUUCUCAGUCAGAGGAAGAUGUCAUUAGACUUAUAGGGCAACAUUUACACGAUUUAGGACUUAAUCAGACAGUGGACCUGUUGAUGCAGGAGUCUGGCUGCAGACUGGAGCAUCCCUCUGCCACAAUGUUCCGCAACCAUGUGGUGGAAGGAGAGUGGGACAAGGCUGAAAGUGACCUGAAUGAGCUGAAAGCAUUGAUGCAUUCUCCAAGUGCUAUUGUGCGGAUGAAGUUCCUGCUCCUGCAGCAGAAGUACCUGGAGUAUCUGGAGGAUGCCAAGAUCCUGGAGGCACUGCAGGUCCUGAGAGCUGAGCUCACUCCCCUCAAGUACAACACAGAGCGUAUCCACAUCCUGAGCGGGUACCUGAUGUGCAGCCAUGCAGAGGACCUGAGAGCAAAGGCAGAGUGGGAGGGUAAAGGCACUGCCUCCCGCACUAAACUCCUGGACAAGUUACAGACGUACCUGCCUCCCUCUGUGAUGCUGCCUCCGCGCCGGCUGCAAACCCUGCUGAGGCAGGCUGUGGAGCUGCAGAGAGAGCGUUGCCUCUACCACAACACCAAACUGGACAGCGGCAUGGACUCUGUGUCCCUCCUCCUGGACCACGCCUGCAGCCGGAAACAGUUCCCUUGCUACACCCAGCAGAUCCUCACCGAACACUGCAAUGAAGUGUGGUUCUGCAAGUUCUCCAAUGACGGCACCAAACUGGCCACGGGAUCCAAAGACACCACAGUCAUCGUGUGGCAUGUCAACACAGAGAGUCACCAGUUGAAGCUGAUGAAGACUCUUGAGGGCCACGCCUACGGUGUCUCAUACCUGGCCUGGAGCCCUGAUGACACUUACUUGAUUGCCUGUGGCCCCGAUGACUGCUCAGAGCUGUGGCUGUGGAACGUACAGACGGGUGAGUUGCGGACAAAGAUGAGCCAAUCACACGAGGACAGUCUGACCAGUGUGGCCUGGAAUCCAGACGGCAAGCGCUUCGUCACCGGAGGCCAGAGGGGCCAGUUCUACCAGUGUGAUCUGGACGGUAACCUGCUGGACUCGUGGGAAGGAGUAAGGGUUCAGUGCCUGUGGUGCCUGGGUGACACUCGCACCGUCCUGGCAUCAGACACACACCAGCGUAUCCGUGGCUACAACUUUGAGGACCUUACGGACAGAAACAUAGUCCAGGAGGACCAUCCAAUCAUGUCUUUCACAGUUUCAAAGAACGGGAGGUUAGCUCUGCUGAAUGUGGCUACUCAGGGUGUGCACCUGUGGGACCUACAUGACCGGGUGCUGGUGAGGAAGUAUCAGGGCGUGACACAGGGCUUCUACACCAUCCACUCCUGCUUUGGAGGACACAACGAAGACUUCAUCGCCAGUGGGAGUGAGGAUCACAAAGUGUACAUCUGGCACAGGCGCAGUGAGCUGCCCAUCGCAGAGUUGACAGGUCAUACCCGUACAGUGAACUGUGUGAGCUGGAAUCCUGUAGUGCCCGGUCUCCUGGCCAGCGCCUCAGACGACGGCACCGUCCGAAUCUGGGGGCCCGCCCCUUUCCUUGAUGUCCAGGACGCUGAGGGGCUAAACGAAUGUUGUAACAUGGACAGCUGAUGGUGACCUUGGAGCUGAAGACACUACUUCUCGAAUCCAGGAGAACAACACUAGACUCUAACGAAUGAAGCAGAGAAACUAUUGCGUUUUGACAGCCGCUUUCUGGAGGUUUGGCUCUGGGGCUGUGGCAGGUGAUAACGUCACACACACACGGAGAUGUCAGACAAAUCACAUAAAUUAACUGAUUACCCAGCAGCCACCUUGACUGUGACCUCCCACCUCCUCUUACCUGUCUCCCACCUUCUCUUACCUGUGUGGCUCACAGUGUCUGAUGUCUGCACCUGUGUUCAGCCAGGCCCCAUCCUCUUUUGUCUCAGAGCUAACCCCAGGACUGCCACCUUUCACCUGCCUCGUUGAGAGUUUAUUAUUUAUUAUUGAUAAUAUUAUUUAUUGUCAUGAUUAGUACGUUGAUAUAUAUAUAGAGAGGGCUGUAGUGGUGGAGAGUGGUAAGGGUAUAUAUAGUGCUGUGAAACUAUUUGCCCCCUUUCUAAUUGUCACCUUUUGCAUAUUUUUGAUACUGAAUGUUAUCAGAUCUUCAACCAAAACCGAAUAUUAGAUCAAGGGAACCUGAGUGAAUAAAUAACACAACCGUUACAUACUUAUUUCAGAAACAAAGUUAUGCAACACCCAAUGCCCCUGUUUGAAAAAGUAAUUGCCCCCUUACACUCAGUAGCUGGUUGUGCCACCUUGACCUACAAUGACUCGAACCAAACGUUUCCUGUAGUCGUUAAUUCGUUUCUCAUGUCGCUGUGGAGGAAUUUUGGCCCACUCUUCCAUGCAGAACUGCUUUAACUC